AUGAUUCCUUACAACUCCCCACCGUCUACGGGUAGUAGCAGCAGUAGCGUCAACAACAGCAACUCCAACGGCAACAGCAACAAUACUAACAGUUUAAAUAACACAAGCAGUAAUAGUAACAGUAAUAGCAACAAUAAUAAUGGUAGUAGUAAUACUAGCUCUAACGGAGGAAAUGGCAGCGUUCCAUUUUAUCCUUGGAUGAGUGUCGUUGGACCGAACUCAUCACAGAGACGCCGGGGUAGGCAAACGUACAGCAGAUAUCAGACGCUGGAACUAGAGAAAGAGUUUCAGUUUAAUAGAUAUCUAACCAGAAAAAGGAGAAUCGAGAUCGCCCAUUGUCUCUGCCUGACGGAGCGGCAAAUCAAAAUCUGGUUCCAAAACAGAAGAAUGAAGGUGAAGAAGGAGAAGCAGCAGAUCAAGGAGCUGAACGAAGUCGGCAAGGUGAAAGACAUCAACAACGACAAUGACGCGAAUGACGACGACGAGAACAACAACAACAACGAAAGUUCGGAAGAGUCGGAAAAUGAGUGGGAUGGUAGGACGGAGAAGGAGAAUGAACAUUAA